AUGAAACAUAGCAAGGAAUAUUAAAUAAGCAAAGAAAAUUUGAAAAUAAUUAGAUAAUCAGAAUUGAUUCAGAAUACUGUUAUAUGGACUCAUAAAAAUUUGUUUCUUCGUUAUUGUCAAUCUUAGAAUUAUUAUUACACAAGAGAUGUAAAUGAAAUUCUUGCUGAUGCUUCAUCAAAAGCAGUAAUUAGAUAUAAAGAUUGGUAUGGAUAUGAUGAUGAUGUAAAUUUAAUAAUCAUUAUAAGGAUGAAUACUUGAAAAGAUAUUAUUUUACAGAUGAAUAUCCAUAGAAGGUCCAGUUGUUAACUGAAUACUAUAAAGUAAAAUUAACCAUAUAAAAGAGUUUCAUACAGAUAUUGCUAGAUUAUUUAUGGAACCAAUAGCGACCUUACUAAAUAAAUAUUACGAUAAGAAGCGUAAAUAUGAGUACUAUAGGAUUGCUCGUUUGAUUGAAGAAGAAAAUAAAAAAAAUCCAAAUCGACCUCCUAAAGGUAUUGUAGGUGAAAGACCUUCUCCUGCAAAUUCUUAAGAAACUUAAAAAGAAGAAGAAUCACCUACAGCUACUAGAAGAAUUAGAAAUAUUCAAAUUUUGAAAGACUUGAGUUGGUUAAAUAAAUCAAGAUUAUUAAAUAAAUAAAAAAUUGAUAUUUCAUGUACACUCUAAGAAAUUUGCAAACAUUUAAGUAACUAAGCUUUUGAAUAAUCUUCUCUAUUUAUUUAAACAGGAAAAACUGAAGAAUUGAAAUUAAAUAAGUUUCUAACUUAUAUCAAUUAAUAAGUUAAGAAAACUUAAAUUAAAAGUGAUUCUUAACAUUAAAAACCUUAAAAGAAAUUAAGUUAACCACACGAAUAAUUAAUUUAAACUUUAAUUUAAAAAUAAUAAGAAGAAUCUAAAUCAAGAUUUGGUUCACAACAUUCUAAAUAAAAUACUGAAUUAUUACUCUAAAUGAAUAGAUUAUCAAAAGAUAUCAAUGUUAAUUUUGUGAGAAAUCAAGUUGAUUCUAUCUUUAAAAAUAAAUAAUAAUAUAAUGACAAUCCUUAAAGUCUUACAAGAGUUGAUCAAAAUGAAUAAAAUAAAUAAUAAUCUAAUCCUAAAUCUAAAACUAUUAUUUAACAUUAACCAAAGAUCUCAACAUAGCUUUUCUUAAAAGAUCUAAAAAGAAAUGUAUUAUCAAUCCCUUAAUUACUAAAUAAUGCCAAUCAAAAUAAUAUACCUUCUCCUACUACAAAUACUCAUCAAAAAACCUCCAACAUUAAUCAACCCAAUAUUGGUAAUUUAUUUUUUGAUUAUUCUUUUUAGGUAAAUUAAAUUUGAAAUAAAUAUCUAAAAUAAUGAUAGAAGAAGAACCUACAGAAUAAGAAUUAAAAUGGAAAAAUGGAUCAUAAACACAUAGACCUCUUACAGGAACUUAAAAUUUCUUUUCCAAUAGAAAUAGUCCAACUAUCUCUAGAGGUACUUAAAAUGAUAUCAAAAUUAAUAAAAUGAAAUAAACACCUACAACUUCUUAAUAAACAAACUAAAAAACAACAAAAUAAACAGGUUCUUCAACAAAUAGAAAAUCUUCUCAACCUAACAUUCAUAUUCGAUAUACAUCCAAUUAAGAUAAAGUCAUUAAUAUCAAUAUUAAUAUUAAUGAUAAUCCAGAACUAUAGAAAUGUAAACUUUUAAUAUAUUUUCAUUAGAAUAAUAACAAAAACAUAAAAAAAAUUAAUCAGAAGGAAAACCUCUCUAAUUAAAUACUAAUAUACCUGAGACUUAAUAAGAAUAUGUUUGCUUAACUGAUAGAGGUGGUGCUAGUGAAUUUCUAUUUAAAAAUAGUAUUGCUGCUUCUUGUUAAAAUUCACCCAAGACAUCAAAAUUAAAAAGAGUUAGUAGUGGAACUACAACUUUAAAAUGUUCAAUGAGUACUAAAAAUUCCUUAAUCUAAUAAAUGAUAUCUUAAGUUACCAAGCAAUAACAGAAAUAAGAAAUUCUUUCCUCUUAGUUUAGAAAACAAAAUUGAAAAUUAG